AUGGUCCAGUUUGGAGAGCGGCCAUCUACCGGAACCCUUUUUCGAGCGUCGCAGUUUCUCUCCGAAGAGCUCCCCAUACGGCUUGCCCAUCGAGUACAAGAGCUCGGCGAUCUUCCAGAUGGCCUCAAUGAGAUGACAUCCAUCAAGAAGGUGCAGGACUGGUAUGCACAGUCCUUCGAGGAGAUAACCAGCCUCCCAAGACCCCAACUAUCGAAAGAGGUUCGCGAUCGCCUUAUGAGGCCUGCGAAAACUGACGGAAAACAAUCGAGGAUCCUAACCGAAGCCACCCAAAAUCCAAAUAAAGCACAAUACUCAUCAUCACCGUGGCAGCAAAAUGGUAACGGAAACGGGAAUGGAGACACGAGGAAGGCAGCGCGCCGGUAUUUUGCCACUGUAGAUGACACAACCGAGUGGCCUCCAGAGCUGCAUGAGUAUAACAAACGACUCGCACAAACAUUGCACCAAAUUAAAAGGCGGCACGAUAGCGUGGUAACCACCGUAGCACAGGGUAUCCUAGAGUACAAGCGGAAGCGGCAGCGGAUGCAAAUCGACAACAAUAUGCAAUCCUUCCUUGACCGUUUCUACAUGUCUCGGAUUGGGAUCCGGAUGUUAAUCGGACAGCAUAUCGCUCUGACAGACCAGAGCCACAACAAGGACCCAGCGUACGUGGGGAUUAUUUGCACCAAGACAAAUGUCCGAGAUCUAGCUCAGGAGGCAAUUGAGAAUGCACGAUUUGUCUGCGAGGACCAUUAUGGCCUAUUCGACGCGCCAAAGGUCCAGCUUGUGUGCCCUCCGAACUUGCAUUUUAUGUAUGUCCCCGGCCACCUAUCACACAUGCUUUUUGAGACAUUGAAGAACUCGUUACGCGCGGUCGUAGAAACACAUGGGCAGGAUAGGGACGAGUUCCCCGUAACAAAAGUCGUCGUUGCAGAAGGCAAGGAGGAUAUUACUAUCAAGGUCUCGGAUGAAGGAGGAGGAAUCCCACGGAGUGCCAUACCCCUUGUUUGGACGUAUAUGUAUACGACGGUCGACACGACGCCAAACCUUGAUCCUGAUUUUGAUAAGAGUGAUUUCAAGGCACCGAUGGCUGGUUUUGGUUAUGGAUUACCGAUUUCGAGACUAUAUGCGAGAUAUUUCGGGGGAGAUCUAAAGUUGAUUAGCAUGGAAGGGUAUGGGACAGAUGUCUACCUCCAUCUUAACAGAUUAUCCAGCUCCUCGGAACCGCUACAAUAA